CUCCCCAGACUGGUGCAUCCUGUCACUUUUCCUGGUUGGCACGCAGACUUGGCGUUGAGCUUUAUAAAAGGGAAGCACGUGGCUUCUUCAGCACAGAGCGGCCAGCUGCGUCAAUCCGGCAACAGCGCAUCUGUCAUGGCGAUCAAGCUUAUCAUCAUCAUCAGCCUCUGUCUCCUGAUGGCCACAGUUCGAUGCGGGAUCGUCCCAGAGGCUCGCUCCGAAUAUGACCCGCACCCCCAGUACACAUUCGCCUACGAUAUUCGAGACGCCCUGACCGGCGACGCCAAGAGCCAGCAGGAGAGUCGCGACGGAGACGUCGUCCAGGGCAGCUACAGCCUGGUGGAGCCCGACGGAACAGUGCGUACCGUGCUGUAUGCUGCCGACCCCGUCAACGGAUUCAAUGCUGUGGUGCAUCGCGGUCCCCUUGUGCACCCCAAGGCCAUUAAAGCAUUUUGAGGAUCCGCCGUUAUUUAUGCUGCUUGUCGUAUUAAUUAACCCUUAUUUAUAUGCUCGCUCGCCAUUAUUGUGUCGUGGGAGGACACGGUAGUAAUAUCUCGUGGUUCUUAUGGUUUCUACCGAAUUUUAACACAUGCAAUCCCGACAACGUGAAUUUCCGGUUCUUUUUAUUAACAGAUGCAUGCAGUGGAGUUGCAGUUUGACACUAAAUGGACUGAAAUUUUGGUGUGCGAGGUAUGUGAAUGUGUGAAGGCGUGUUUGUUUGUUUUAUCCGGUACUGAAAGUAUUGAGAAAUCAGCUGUUCAUAAUUAUUUUCGGACGAGUUUUGAAGGCAAAGUUGUACAUACAAAUUUUAUUGUGGAGUGGGAGGCGUUUUAAGACUGCCAAGUAUUGCUAUUUAUUUUAUGAUUGCAUUAAGUAUUGCUUGUUGUUAUGAUCUCUUAGUCAAAUCAGGGGCGUUUUGGCGUCUCAGGGGAACAGCCGCUUUUCUGCAGCUUGUGUUGCUGUUUUGGGGGGGUAAAUAUAAUUUAUCUGACUUUGAUAAUGUGAAGGUGUAUUUUUCAU